AGAUUUUCUGGAAGAAUCUACAGGUAACGUGAAGCCCAAACCACAUUGAAAAACUCGAGUGGGGUGCAUCGUAUCACAAAGAAAACGAGAUUACGGAGCGAUCAAAUUGAGAAAUAUCGAUUCUGGAGUGAGCGCAGGAGGAAGCUGGAAUAUGGGUUGGGUUUGGAGAGACGAUGCUGCAGACCGUUCUGGUGAUGAGGAGUUUGGCGUGUACAAUCCCAAAAGCCCUAAUAAUCUCGACGACUCUUCCUCCGACGAUCGGUGCUCGACAAGGAGGGUGGUGAGAUCUCAGUGCAAGACCGAGGAGCUUGAGCCCGGGAAAUUCGUUCGCAAGUGCGAGAAGACGGAGGAGAUCCUCAGAGAUUUCCUUGGAAAGCCUGUUGAAGUGCUGAAGUGCAAUAAAGAGUACACGGAAGAUGAUGUCACAGACCAAGUUGUUCAAGGGAACCAUUCAUUCGGGUCUUUUGGAAAAGGGCCACUUGACUUCCCUGGGCUAGGAACUGAUAUGGAGGCAAUUGAGCGUAGCCUCCUUGGUGGCAUUGACCGAUUCUUCGACGUGGCUGAAGAGAUGAGAAACAGCUUUUUUGGAAUAUUUGGUCCUCUACCUUCUUAUGAUCGGGAAUCUUCCUCACCAUCUAUGAGGCGAGGGAUACCAAUUGAAGGCCGUCCUCAGAGGGAAGCCUAUCCUAAACCGAGUGAGCAUGAUGGGAAGUAUGCUGAUGUCUCUGGAAUUAUUAGAGACGUUUAAAUUGAAGGCUUGGCUUGAGAGGAACUCAAUAAGUUAACUUAAUUCUGUCUCUGUUAUCCGACAAGCCAACACCCCCCCC